GUGGGAGCUACCUAACCUAAAAGCUAAAUGGAACACGUCUUGUGCCAAAAGAUCAAAGAGGAAAGAUUGAAGAUUUCUAUGGGUUUAUUUCUCUCUGCCCGAAUAUAAAUAACAUUUGCAUGUAAUUGUAAUGCAACAUCCAGCAGACCAGCACAGAACAGACAUCCAGCGACAUCUCGUAUAUUGGUGAAAUUCCUGGAUACAGAAAUAUAAAAUCCCAUAAAAAGACAUGCGAUGAAUCAGAAUAAGUAGUCGAGGAUUGUUCGCGAAGAGGGUAGUUCUAAACAGUGUUUUCAAUUAAUGGGCACAUUAUUCGUUAAACAGACUAGCGUUAAAAUGAGCAAUCCUGAGAACAAAGAACCAAAAAAAGAGCAAGUCAAGCAAGGUCAGUCAAACAGCAAUGCGCGACCGCUUUCCAUCGAAGGUCCCUCAACCUCUAAUAAUGCCGAGCAAAUUCCACCACAACCGUUACCAAAUCAACCGAGGCAACCAACUAAUUUGCAAGGAUUACUCAAAUAUGCUAUGGAUGCAGCACAGUCUGAGAACCUGGAGAAUAAACCGCAAGUUUAUCCUUUGGACGAAGAAAAAAAAACAUUUUUGAAUGAGGCAUUAUCAUCGUUAACAAUGAACGUAAUAGAGGAAUUGCAGAAAGCUGUACAAAUUUUGUCCAAUGUUAACAAUCUGCGAGCAGAUGAUGAUUCAUCGGAGUAUGAGAAUGUAUUGGAAAGGAUGGCAGAUUUUGUAGAUAAUAUCGAUAUAGCCAAUGACUUUUAUAAGAUUGGGGGUUUCUCGAUAUUUCAACCAUGCUUGAAUUCCUCGCACAGUAAUAUUAGAUGGCGAAUAGCUGAUAUUAUCGCCGAAUUAGCGCAAAAUAAUCCGUUUUGUCAAGAUAAAUUAUUAGAAGCCGGAGUAUUUCCUGUGUUAUUAUCUAUGAUUGAUACAGAUCCAUCGGAACAGGCCAGGAUAAAAGCUCUGUAUGCAGUGUCAUGUAUAGUAAGAGGACACCCAACGUCAUUAAAGUAUAUAGAUAUGAACGACGGUUACUCGGUGCUAUUACGGGCAAUGCAGAGCUCAGUGGAGAAACUACAGAUAAAAUCCGCAUUCUUACUUUCUAGUUUAUGCAGUAGAAAUAAUUCGAAUGAUAUAAAAUAUACCUUAGUAAAAAUGGGAUUCAUAGAGCAAGCAGCAGGAUUAUUGAGUAGAAUGAAUUUACAGCCGACAGUCAGGGAACAAUUAUUGAGAGUGCUCAGUAGUAUGGUAAACGAUAACUUUUUACCGGCAUUAAAGGAAUGUCGUCGAUCACAAUUGUGUUUAAAAUCCACUUUGGAGCAAUUAUUGACGGAAUUAAAACCUAUGGAAAAUCAGGACGAGAUUGAUAUAUGUUACGAACUUCUAGACAAAGUAUUUUCCGAAUCUGACACACCUCAAGAGAGAUAACGAAUUUGUAUCAUAAUCUUUCUUUUAAAUAAACGGAAUCUUGUUUUGUACUUCUAA